AUGACUCACCGUUUCAACAAAAUGAAUAGUAUGAUAAAAGGUUUUCUUCUAUAUUGUACUCUUCUUUUUUCUUAUUCAUUCUUUGUACGCUUUUGCAAUAUUAUUAAUUGUAUAAAUGUAGGAAAAGACUACUUUACCGAUUUGUUAAAAAUUGGAAUUUUUGAUAAUAGUACAAGGAAAAUAAAAAAAGAGAUAUAUGAAAAUAUUAAUAAGACUCAUAAUACAUAUUCUGCAUGCAAAACAUGCAUAAAAUUGGUACAGCUUUUGACUAGAAUAAUAAAAAAGAAAAAAGAAACGUAUGUUGAUAUUGCAAUAGAAGAUACACUAGAACUUAAUUUAUGUAAUUCUGAAUUAUGGAAAAAAUAUUUUAAUUACGAUGAGUUGCUAUACAAUGAGUAUGCGAUAGAACAUUGUGAAUACACUUUAAGAAUUAUUAAAGAUAGUAUAGAGUUACAUAUAUAUCAAUUAUAUAAAAAUGAAGAAUUAUUUUAUGUAAAAGUAUGCACAAACAUACAUCAUAUAUGCAAAAUGGCUAUUAACGAGGAAAAAACUAGACUCAGUAGUUACACAAAAGUUAAAUUUAUCUAUGAACUGUACUCCAAAUACUUAACAGAGGAGGAGGGCUUCAGUACCACGACCAAAGGUCUUCCUUAUAAAAUAAUAGAUGCAUCUAGCAAGGAUAAUUCAAAACUGAAGAAAAGUAACUAUGCUUUAAUUCAAUCCGAAAUAAAGAUAAUGCACCAAAACUAUUCGUAUAAUAAUUUCAAAAAUAAUAAUUUCAGAUUAAUUAAAAUAAAUAAGUUGGAAGAUAAAGUUAUGGAGUUAUUUCUGAUGAUGAGAGAGAAGGACGUGUUCAUUUUCCUUUUUACCAAUGAUCAUUCUGGUGAAGGGCGUUCUCCCAAUGAUUCCAUCCUUGAGAUAAAAAUUAAAAUACACAAAGCAUCAGACUAUAUGGACGAUGUUGUAAAGGGGACAUAUAAAAAUACUCUAAUUAAUGAUGAUAAUUUUUUAUUAUAUAAAUAUUCAUGCUCGCAAACUAGAAAAUGUUGA